AUGAGGUGCGUGGAGCAGGGGAAUGCUGACUUGGGGCAGCAGCCUCUGUUACCUCUUAUCCUCUGCUCUGAUGGAUACUGGAGAACUGCCCGAAUCAUCCUAAUCACAGCAUCUGAUAUUAGCAGUGUGAUGGCUAUUACUGGCAAAGUUGCUGCUAACAUCCAGAGAAUAAGUCGACAUACUUGUGCAGUCCGGCUAGUUCACCAGGACAGACUUUGUGGAAACAACACCCGUUGCUGGGCCCCGUGGCAAGCUUGCCCCAGGUGCUCAGGAGCUGAGCAGUGUGUCGUUCCGGUACUUGCCAUUCAGAACUGUGGGUGUGCAAGUAGGAGCCAGCUCUAUACCUACACUGCCUUCUGUGGGCAGCUGGCAUAUGUUCAUGUGAACAGCCAGAGUAGCAGCCUGCAUACAGUUGGUGAAGUCUGCUGGAGUUGUGCAGGGAAUGUGACUCAGAGCAGACUAGCAUUGUACGUAUAUGAAUAUCUGCUCCAUGUAGGAGCACAGAAAUCUGCCCAGACAUUUUUAUCAGAGAUAAGAUGGGAAAAAAACAUCACACUAGGGGAGCCCCCAGGAUUCUUGCACUCCUGGUGGUGUGUAUUUUGGGAUCUCUACUGUGCAGCUCCAGAAAGACGAGAAACAUGUGAGCACUCAAGUGAAGCAAAAGCCUUUCAUGAUUAUAGUGCUGCAGCAGCUCCCAGUCCAGUGCUAGGAAACAUUCCCCCAGGAGAUGGCAUGCCAGUAGGUCCUGUACCACCGGGGUUUUUUCAG